AUGGUGGUGCCACGCCGUUUCUUGCCAUUGUUCUUGAGUGUGCUGCUAUGGGGAUCACAUGUAGUAGAUCUAGUCCAAGCAGAGAGGAACGAUACAGUGUCGUUGGCAACCCAAACCAUUCAAGUAGGUUCUGUCGGUGGUCCCAUCUUUGGUACCAUUGAUGGAGAAGGGUUUAUGGAUUUUGCCAAUGUGACAUGGGAUUGGAAGGCAAAAAAUGGCAGCGCUAGUCCUACUCUCAAGAUAAUUGGCGUCGCUACCGUUGUGCCUGGAGAUCAAGUGAAUGACGAUGGCACAGUUACGGUAACCAGCAAAGAAAAGUUCUUGGUGGAAGAACUGGGAAUUGGAGCUUUUGGUGCUACCGAUGGCCUUUACUAUGGAUGCUGUACCCAAGCUGCGAAAGAUGCUGGGGCUUGUACGGAUCAGAACAAUGAAGCCGUCUUCUUUGAUCUUUAUUGGAAUUGGAGUCAAUGGGGAAGUCUUAUUUUGGACCCUCGCAGAAAUGAAGAACGGUCCUUUCACACUCGACAUUUUGAGAUAUUACCUCCUGAUUCGAAUCUGACAUCGGGUGAUUUGGCCUUUGGAUCAGUCUACCAAAUGAAUUUUGAAACUGGAGGUCAUUUGGCACUAGUGUUCGGAAAUUGUGCUACCGAAGAUAUCAAUGUGACUGCAAUCAACAGCGAGAGCUCAAUGUUUCCUACCAGCGUGGCAGCAGUCAAAAUCUCAGGCAACAUUGAGUUUGUCUCGUUUGUUUCAGCCAGCACACUCCCGAUUUAUUUUGCUCUAACAGCAGCACAUGUGAUACUCACCCUAUGGUAUCGACGCCUGAUGAGUCAACAUGCUGACACAAGGAUAAGAGUCGAAGAAUGGAUCUUUAUGGCUCUGGCACUUUCAUCCGUCUCUAUUACCAUACGUACUGUUCUCUACACUUGCGAAGCCUUUGGAGAUGAUCCCUACCUGGUACUACAGCUGGUUGCAGCCUCUGCCAAAUCCAUUGCCCAUGGAGUCAGUCGAUGUGUUUAUCUCUUGGUGGCAAUGGGAAUUGGUGUGACAUCGGAACAUGCAACACAAUCUGCUUUUGCCUACAUCUCCUUGUGGCUGGGACUCUAUAUACCCAGCAAAUUAAUUGUCGACGUUGCCAUCAUCUACGAGAGCGAAUCCAUCUUUUUGGGGUUGGCCUUGAAUCUAUUUUUCACGCUCAAUCUACUUUUCAUGAUAUGGAUUCCCAUGUCCAUUCGCACCACCAUUGCACUGUUGCGGGCCAGUAAUGAACCGCUCAAAUUGCAACGCUACCAAUGGAUAUGGCAGAUCUAUCUACUGGCUGUAUGCCUGGCCGUGGCGCAAAUCUUUGUCAUUCUCUUUACACCCACAACCAUGGAAAUCAUCAUGACGCAAGAAGAACAGAAUGAUGCCAUUUAUUUGCUCAUCUUGGGAAUGAUUGCGUACCUCUGGAGACCCAAUCCCUCGCAACAACUAUAUGCCUACGCCAUGUUGGGCACAGACGGAGAAAUGCCAGCCAGUAUGGAUUUGGAGCUGACCACCACACAGUACGAUGACAUCCAGGACAUCAAUGAUCGACCCUCUCCUCCAAUGGAUGACCCGCCAGGAACUGGUCGUCCAAUUGACUAA